AUGACAAAUCAGGCUUCACCUCGAACCAACAGUCAAUCGGCAAAAUUAAACGUACCAAAGGUGAACCCAUCCGAUAGAUUAUCUCCAAAUACUCGUAUACUUAUCACAAAGCUUGAGCAUAGUAUGCUGAGAAAAAGCCGCUCAAUAAUGUCGCUAGUUUUUGGGAAAAAGAAGGCAAAAGCGGAGAAAGGACAUCCAUAUACGGACGCGUCUGUGUCGCACGCGCUCAUCGUCAUAUUUCUCGAAUAUUUCGCAUGGGGAUUAUUAACAGUGCCAGUGAUAAAUGUUCUCGCUGAAACAUUUCCAACAAACAAGUUUUUGAUGAACGGCCUCGUGCUGGGAGUAAAGGGUCUCCUCUCGUUCCUCUCCGCCCCGCUUGUCGGCGCGCUUUCCGACGUGUGGGGUCGAAAAUCGUUUCUAAUUCUGACCGUCUUGUGCACGUGCAUGCCGAUUCCGUGCCUCAAAAUCAGCCCGUGGUGGUACUUCUCGUUGUUCAGCCUCAGCGGCCUAUUCUCGGUCACGUUCAGCGUAAUUCUUGCCUAUGUUGCCGAUAUCACCGAGAAACAGGAGCGCUCAUCGGCGUAUGGAUUGGUGUCGGCCACGUUUGCCGCUUCUCUGGUCACGUCACCGGCUCUCGGAGCCUACAUCUCCGAAACGUACGGCGACAGUAUGGUCGUCCUAUUGGCCACUAUCGUCUCAAUCGCUGAUGUCCUAUUCAUUGUGAUAUUCGUGCCCGAGUCGCUUCCAUCGCGACGAAGCGCCGGCGCCGCUCCGAUCCUCUCGCAAGAAGUGUUCAAUUGGCAAUCGGCCGAUCCAUUCGGCUCGUUGCGAAUCGUCUGGGAGGAUAAGCUUGUCCUUCAGCUCGCCACCAUCGUGUUCCUCUCAUAUUUGCCGGAGUCCGGACAAUUUUCAUGUUUUUUCGUCUAUUUGAAAUUGGUCGUCGGCUUCUCACCGGAAGCGGUUGCCAUGUACAUCGGCCUCGUCGGAAUUUUGUCCGUCGUCGCUCAGACGGGUCUUCUGCUCUUGCUCACCAAUAAGUUUGGCACGAAGCACACAAUCACACUAGGGCUCCUCUUCCAGCUGGUCCAGCUCACGUGGUACGGCCUCGGAGCACAGUAUUGGAUGAUGUGGUCGGCCGGUGUGCUCGCCGCGAUGAGCAGCAUCACCUAUCCGUCGAUUUCGGCGUUCGUCUCGAUUCUGUCCGACAAAGACAAACAGGGCACCGUGCAGGGUGUGAUCACCGGCAUCCGCGGACUAUGCACCGGCUUCGGACCCGCGCUGUUCGGCUUCGUCUUCUAUCUAUUCGAUGUGGACCUGGAAGAUGAGAAGGCGGGUGGAGCUGGACAUCUCGUCGCUCCACUGCCGGCCAUCAUGACCGGCCGACGGGCCACUGAGAAGAUUCUGGCGCCGAGCAGGAAUGAGUCGACAUGGGUAAUUGUGGAACGAGCCGCGUUUGAUUGGCAAUUCAUUCCGGGACCACCAUUUCUUAUCGGUGCGAUGAUGGUCCUUUUUGCGCUUCUUAUCAACUCAACACUUCCGCAAACGCCGGCGCCGAGCAAAUAUUUUCGAAGAUCGCCGACACAUUCGCGGCAAUCGUCCGACACGGCGAGAUUAUUAUCCGGUGCCGACACUUCGCCGCACUGUUGA